GUCAAAAAAUGAUAAGAAGUCCUAAAAUUGGAAAAACCAUUUGCAAAGAGAGCAGCAGAAGCAACCGGCAGCCCAGAGUGUCAGAUCAACCAGCACCAGCAGACCACCAGAGGAAGAAAAGGCACAACUCCGGCACCCACCUCCACUUCACCAUCCCUGUCCCCAAAAAACGGCAACUGGAAGGAAAGAAAAAUAUAGGGAAAAAAAUGGAGGAUGUAGAGAAAGAGGAGGGAAAAAUGGUGGAGGAUGGAGAAAACAAAAGGGGGGCAGGUACCCAUGUUCCUGCACAUGUGGAAGGGGGAGAAGAACCAAACCCCAAGACCUUUGAUGGUGUAGAAAUAGAGACCCUGAAGAGCGUUGAUGAAAAUGGUGUUGAAUUGCCUGGUGAUGACAUUUCGGGUGCAGUUGAUUCGGUUCCCUCUAUCCCUGAGACUCCUGAAGAUGCUAGCAUUGCUGACACCGUGGAAUGAACUGGAUUCCGGUAAUGAAACUGAUAAGGUUGCGAGUAAUGUGGAUUCUGGUGUGCAUAGUGAGAGUGAGGUUUCUGUGAAGAUUGUGAGUGAGGAGAGUGGUGGUGUGAAAGGGGAGGCACUGAAGGAUGAUUUGGGCAGCAAAGUUAACCCGUCUAUUGAAUUGGGUGCCAGUGACAAGACUGAUAGUCUUGUUGGUGACGGUGGGUCGCCUCACACUGAGGACCCCAUAGAGAUCGAAAAGGAAGGUGACGGUGUUGAGGAAGAAAAAGCUCUGAAAGAGGGGGUAAGCAGUGAGGCCAACCCUUCCAAUGAAGCAGAUAUAAGUUAUAAAACUGAUGAUGUUGCUUGUGAGAUGGAGCUUGAUAUGCCUCAUGAUAGUGAGGUUGCAAUGGAGAAACUUACAGAUGGGGCGACCAGUGAGGCCAACCCCUUCAGCGAAACACGUAUCAGUGAUGAAAUUGAUAAUAUUGUUUCUACAGUGGAGCCUGGUAUGCCUUGUGAUAGUGAAGUUGCAACAGAAAAUCUGAUAGAUGGGGAGAGCAACAAGGGCAAAUCCUCCGAUGAGCCAGAUAGGACUGCUGAAACUGAUAAUGUUAUUUGUAAGGUGGAGCUUGAUACACAUGAUAGUGAGGUUGAACCAGAGAAACUGAAAGAUGGGGUGACCAGUGAGGUCCCCAAUAUCAUUGCUGAAGAUGAUAAUGCUGCUCAUAAGGUGGAGCCUGGUAUGCCUUGUGAUAGUGAAGUUGCAACAGAAAAACUGAUAGAACGGGCAAGCAACAAAGCCAAAUCCUCCAAUGAACCAGAUAGUAGUGCUGAAACUGGUAAUGUUGUUGGAAGGGUGGAACUCGAUAUUUCUCGUGAUAAUGGGGUUACAACGGAGAAACUGAUAGAUGAGGUGAGCAGUGAGGCCAACCCCUCUGGCGAACCAAAUAUUAGAGCUGAAGCUGAUAUUGCAGCUCGUAAGGUGGAGCCUGAUAUGCCUUCUGACAGUGAGUGUGCAAUGGAGAAACUGACCGAUAAGGUGAGCAGCGAAGUCAAUCCCUCCAGUGAACUGCACAUCAGUGCUGAAGCUGAUAAUGCUAUUUGUAAGGCGGAAACUGAUAAAAUGUCUCAUGAUAGUGGGGUUGGUAUGAAGAAACUGAUAGGUGGGUUGAACAUCAAGGCCAACCCCUCCAGUGAACCCCAUAACAGUGCUGAAACUGAUAAUGCUGUUAGUAAGGUGGAGCCUGAUAUGCCUUGUGAUAAUCAAGUCGAAAUGGAGACUGAAUCUGAUGACGAUGGUGAUAAAGUUGAGCGAUUGAAUGGUGGGGUGAGCAACAAAACAAAGUUUUCUUUUCAUACUGACAUAAACGAGCAACUGCAGAAACCCAUAUUUUAUGUUGGGCGUAAGGUUGGGAUGAAGAGCUUAGAACCAAAGAAAACCUUUCUCUUGGAUCCAGGUGCUGAUGAGGGUGGUGAGUCAGGGACUGAGGAGGAGCAAGCGUCAUUCACGAAGGAGGUGAUAAAUUUAUAUAAAGAGAAGAACUUGGAAUUCAAAGCCCCAAAGUUCUACAAAGAGGAAUUAAAUUUGCUCAAGUUAUGGAGAGCUGUGAUCAAACUUGGUGGCUACAACAAGGUUACUACGUGCAAGUUGUGGCGGCAGGUUGGAGAAUCAUUCAAUCCCCCAAAAACCUGUACUACCGUCUCUUGGACUUUUCGAAAUUUUUAUGAGAAGGCAUUACUUGAAUUUGAAAGGGAUAGACUGAAUGGUGGUGAACUUCCUCUUCCUGCAGAGCCUACUAGAGUUGAGAAUCGGGCUGAUGGCGGCCAGACUUUAGGUUCAGGCAGGGCGCUAAGGGAUGCUGCAGCUCGUGCCAUGCAGGGUUGGCACUCUCACCGCCAUCAUGGUAAUAAUGGUGAGGUUGGAGAUGCAAUUAAUAAGGAUAAGCACCUGAGUACCAUGCCCAAAAGUGACAAGCAACUAAAAAAUUCUGUUAACUCAGGUUUACUAAAGCGGAAAAAGCCAUCUCAUAUGGAUUCUGGUAUCCAAGUUGCUGACAUGAAAGCUACAAAAACACGAAUGGAUACAAUGGUAUUUGAUAUUGGACCCCCAGCAGAUUGGGUAAAGAUUAAUGUGAAAAAAUUUAAUGACUGCUUUGAGGUAUAUGCCUUAGUUCCUGGGCUUCUGCGCGAGGAGGUGCAUGUGCAAUCUGAUCCAGCCGGACGCUUGAUUAUAUCUGGUCAACCAACACAACUGGAUAAUCCUUGGGGUGUCACACCCUUUAAGAAGGUUGUCAGCCUACCGUCGAGAAUUGAUCCACAUCAGACAUCUGCUGUUGUGACCUUGAACGGCCAGUUGUUUGUGCGCAUUCCAUUUGAACAGUCAGAUUUCUAAACUGUAGCGACGAAUAUCAUGUGUCCCAGACGUACAGUGAACAACGGUUAGUCUUGAGAAGAUAGAAUACUGAUAGUUUUGGUUUGUUCAUACUUACACUUGUAGCUCCAGCCUAUGCAGUUGGACGGAUCUCUGAUCGACCAACCAAUAAUUAUUGUUGUCAGCAGUUAUAGUUAAAAUGAUGAGACUCGUGUAAUGCAAACAUUUUGGGUCUCCUGUUAUAAAGAUUUGAUCCUCGACUUUUCGGCUUC